AAAACACUUAAAUAUUAAAUUUAUAAAAAAUAUUUUAAAAGACAUCAAUGCGAUUCGACCCGAGUCUUGAAACAAAGUGCGCUCGGCGCACAUUUUUCAAUGACAGGAGACUGCGACAAAGAGAUGAGGGCUUCGUCGACAAAUGUCAAAGAGGACUCCGUCUUCCCACCCUUCGACGACGCGGAGAUCCUUCGAUGGAUUGGCAAAACGAGGAAUCGGAUCAGUCGAGCGUUGAAAAUCUGAAGUGGAAUGAGAACGAUCAUCCCGCGACCAAGAAGGAUGCUGUGGCCGCUGUCGCUUUGGACUGUAACGUUUGCUCUCAAGGAAUUCAGGUUGAGAUUGGAUCUUGCAAGAAUAUUAAAAACUUUACGUCCGCUUUGAAGAAUCUGGAACUUGAGACGAAUAACAAGGAGCUUCCAGAACUUAGGACGAGCGACGCACAAACGGAUUAUUUUAAUGAUUCCGAGCCAGAGGACAACGUCCUAGUUUUCAAGACGAGGGAAAUAUCAUCUUUUCAACUGGUGGUCCAGGGAAUGGAAAUUUUAAAUUUCCAGGGUACGAGGCAUUCUCCAGCGGAAAUCGCGCCUUACUGGAAGAAAGAUUCCCGGAUGUGGUUGUGGAAAUCGGUGAGGCUUGCGAGAAGAAUAAGAAGAACCAAAGCGAAUCAAGCUAUCGCCUCUGCCAACACUUUGUAUCGUGAAGAUCUUUCGUAGUGUAUUUUUUUUUAUCCCGAUGAUGCACACAUAAAUUUUUAGAUUCUUUUUUUUUAUAUAAAUAUAUUUAAACAUUCUUAUGGAUA